GGCAACACACCACCAUUGCCUUGCUCUCUAGUCUCAUCCAAUAAACAACCGCACAUCACUAAAAUCCAAAGCCAAAAACAACCCAAUUCCCAUUCGGCACCUAACUGAACUACACUUAGCACCAAUUAAGGCCUUUGGCUGGCAUCUUACAUCUGCCAAAUUUCCCUCUUAUAGCAUCUUUUAAUCUUUAGAUACCCUUUCAUCUUGUCUUUUGUUUUUCUAUGCUGCUUUCUUGUUUAACCCAUCUCUUCUAUUUUCUUAGAAUUUGACAACAAAAGAUUCCAUUUUUUUUUUCUUUUUGCUGUGUAUAGCACAAUUCAAUGGCUACUUCUUCAACUUAUCUUUGCUAUCCUGCAACUUCAGCUUCUGGAAAGAAACAUAUUUUUCCAAAUGGGUCAGCUGGAUUCUUGGCUUUCCGUGGUACCCGUUUGUCGAACCGGUUAGUGACCCGGAAGUCAGUUAUUCGUGCUGAUUUGGACUCCAUGGUCUCUGAUAUGAGUACAAAUGCUCCAAAAGGGCUAUUUCCACCUGAACCUGAACAUUAUCGAGGGCCAAAGCUGAAAGUAGCUAUUAUUGGAGCUGGGCUUGCAGGCAUGUCGACUGCUGUGGAGCUCUUGGAUCAAGGACAUGAGGUGGAUAUAUAUGAAUCGAGGCCUUUUAUUGGUGGGAAAGUGGGUUCUUUUGUUGAUAGACGUGGAAACCACAUUGAAAUGGGACUGCAUGUGUUCUUUGGUUGCUAUAAUAAUCUGUUCCGUUUGUUGAAAAAGGUGGGUGCUGAAAAAAAUCUGCUAGUGAAGGACCAUACCCACACAUUUGUAAAUAAAGGGGGUGAAAUAGGGGAGCUUGAUUUCCGUUUUCCGGUUGGAGCACCCCUACAUGGAAUUAAUGCAUUUUUGACUACUAAUCAGCUAAAGACUUACGAUAAAGCUAGAAAUGCUGUAGCUCUUGCCCUUAGUCCAGUGGUGCGGGCUUUAGUUGAUCCAGAUGGUGCAUUGCAGCAGAUACGUGAUUUGGAUAGCGUAAGCUUUUCGGAGUGGUUUAUGUCUAAAGGCGGGACGCGUACUAGCAUCCAGAGGAUGUGGGAUCCUGUCGCAUAUGCUCUUGGAUUCAUUGACUGUGACAAUAUCAGUGCUCGGUGUAUGCUCACUAUAUUUGCAUUAUUUGCCACUAAAACGGAGGCUUCCCUUUUACGCAUGCUUAAAGGUUCUCCUGACGUUUAUUUGAGUGGUCCCAUUAAGAAGUACAUCUUGGAUAAGGGGGGCAGGUUCCAUCUGAGGUGGGGGUGCAGAGAGGUACUCUAUGAGACAUCCUCUGAUGGAAGUAUGUACGUUAGCGGGCUUGCAAUGUCAAAGGCCACUCAGAAGAAAAUUGUAAAAGCUGAUGCUUAUGUCGCUGCAUGUGAUGUCCCUGGAAUUAAAAGAUUGUUACCUCAGAAGUGGAGGGAAUUGGAAUUAUUUGACAACAUUUACAAAUUGGUUGGAGUGCCUGUUGUUACAGUGCAACUACGAUACAAUGGCUGGGUUACAGAGUUGCAGGACUUGGAGCGUUCGAGGCAAUUGAAGCGCGCUACAGGUUUGGACAAUCUCCUGUAUACACCAGAUGCAGAUUUCUCUUGCUUUGCGGACCUUGCAUUGGCAUCUCCGGAAGAUUAUUACAUUGAGGGCCAAGGCUCAUUGCUUCAAUGUGUCCUUACGCCAGGUGACCCGUACAUGCCUCUACUAAAUGAUGAAAUCAUAAAAAGAGUGUCAAAGCAGGUUUUGGCACUAUUUCCUUCUUCCCAAGGUCUUGAGGUUACCUGGUCAUCAGUUGUGAAAAUUGGGCAAUCCCUGUAUCGUGAAGGACCUGGUAAAGACCCAUUCAGACCUGAUCAGAAGACGCCAGUGGAAAAUUUCUUUCUUGCUGGCUCAUAUACAAAACAGGACUACAUCGAUAGCAUGGAAGGGGCAACUCUUUCAGGUAGGCAAGCUUCUGCAUACGUAUGUGAUGCUGGCGAGAAGCUGGUGGCAUUGCGGAAAAAGAUUGCUGCUGCUGAGUCAAACGAGAUCUCUGAAGGUGUAUCAGUAUCUGAUGAGUUGAGUCUUGUCUGAUGACUGGAAAUCAUCCAAUGAAUACUGAAGAGCACCCCCCACUUUGUUAAUCCGAGAAGCAGAUACAAACAUAAAUCAGUUAGGCAUUGCACAAGGACCAGUUGUUCUAAAUUUUGAGUUCACAAGAUGGAAAUCAAAAGGUUAAAAUAUGUUGUAUGUAAUAUUAGUAAAUCUUCAUAGUGAUGUAUCUAUUCUGCCACCCUUAAGGUUUAGUGAAAUGGAUCGUAUUGCUCAUCAUUCAUUGAGAAGAACUUUAUUACACCUGAGACUAUGAGCCUUCUACUUUUAUGAAA